UUUGUUUAGAGUGCUUCAUCACGUGAUGUAAAUAUGGCUGACGAAGAAUAUGAAGCGACAGAAGAAAUGGAAGAAAACGAUGUAAUAAAACCUGUUUUCGUUGAUGGAAUGCUCUCCUUGGCUGGACAGGAUCUGACCAGGAUUCCCAGUGAAACUGUCCAUGAAUUUGCUGAGAAAACAAGAAGACUAGAUCUGAGUUUUAAUUGUUUAAGAUCAUUGGAGGGCCUGGAAAGGUUCACACAACUGGAGGAACUUGUGUUAGAUAAUAAUGAAUUAGAUGAUGGUAUAAGGUUUCCACAGCUAAAGAAUCUACAUACCGUCACAUUAAAUAAAAACAAAAUAACAAACCUUGAUCAGUUAUUGGACAAUCUCUCUCGAAACCUGCCUAAUUUGACCUAUCUGAGCCUGCUUAGUAAUGAGGCUUGUCCCAAUCAGCUGUCAAGCCUGGACAAGGAUGAGGAGGAUUACCAGAGAUACCGGUAUUAUGUAUUGUUUCGUUUGCCUGGACUUAAAUUCUUGGACUCCACAAAUGUCAAGGAGGAGGAACUUUCAGAAGCCAAGAGAGUGGGCCCCUUUAUGCAGGUCAUAAAGGUCAAAGAGGAUGAGAUAGAACAUAAAGAGGAAGAAGAGGACGAAGAACCUGCACCAUUCUCACCUCUCCCAAAUUCUACCAAGAGUUUGGACAAACCCAUUGCAUCAUUUGGCAAGAGUAAAUAUAUUUACUAUGGGAAGCAAUCAGAAGGAAACAGAUUUAUAAGAAACAAAGAUUUAUGAAAUUGUUCAAGGAGGACAUGACAGAUUUUUCCUUUCAUGACUCUUCAUCAAACCACAGUUUAUCAUCUGUUAUCAUGUGCCAUUUCAUGAAAUAUCACUGUGUACAAAAUACUGUAUGUGUACUUAAAAAAGCGGGCUUCAUAUUUUAGCGGCUUUGGCUCAGUCAACGAUGCGCUAAUAUAUGAAUACCGCUAAGAAAUCAUUUAUAUAUACAAUACAACGCACGUACAUGUGUAGCGCUAAUUCAUGAUUACGCCAACUCCUCCAAACCCAAUGAUUGUGCUAAAUUUUGAAUACGCCAAUUUUUGUACAUGUACAGUAUGCUGGAAAGUUGAUGGGGAAAGUGUUGGAGGUUGUACUGUAGUUUCAAUGUAGACAAUAUUAAUUAUUACCUAACCUACUAUAUAAAUUGUAAUUAGGUAUUUUGAACUGUUUCCUGAUUCUUUUUAAUGUUUUUGCAAAUCAUGAAACAGUCAAAACUGUUUACCCGGUCACAGAAUGAACUGUUGCAUGGCUGAACUGUUCCAUUAUGACGUCAUAAUUAAUUCCCCGUACUUUACAGCUUUAAUAUUGAAUUAUGUAUUAAUGUAAAGCAUUUUCAUUCAAUUUGAAAUUAUCAUCUGAAAAGUAAUCCUGAUAUAUAAUCAAUUUAAUAUCAUUUCGAAGAAGAGGCCAUGAACACCUUUUCUGAGGGUAAUUUGGGAAAAAUGUAGGCCCCUUUCACUCAGUAUAGUUCUUUGCCAUAAACGUGUAAUAUUCAAAUCUUCAAGAUAUCAUUAUGUUGUUUACUACAUGUUUUUUUUUUUCAAUUUAUUAGUGCAUGAUAAUAUCACAUCCAUUAAUUUUUCUGAACACCAAUCGGUGUGAGAAUUUGAUUAAUGUUCAUCUUGUUUAGUUUGUUUUUAAAAAAUAAUACAUGUACAAACAUUUGUCGAUGUAUUUUAAAAGCCAUUGAUUAUUAUGUCAAUAUCAUUACUUUAAGAAAUUAUAUAGUAGGUUAGGUAAUAAAACACUUAUUUCAUGACAACUCGGGAAACAGUCAAACUGUUGUCCCUCGAUAAUGGGGAAGACCUGCGAAACUGUUGCCCUUGGCUUUCGGCCUCGAGCAACAGUUUCCCAGGUCUUCCCCAUUACCUCGGGACAACAGUUUGACUGUUCCCCUCAUAAUCAUGAAAUAAGUGUAUACUCUGUGCUGGGGUUGUGUUGAACACUGGUUAUACUGUUAUGGAUCAGACUUUAUACAUGUCGCUUAUCUUCUGUAUUCUCUUUUUAGUGUUAAACAGAGCAAUGCACAAACGUUUGAUAAUUUAGAGUUUUCCAGCAAUCAUUAAUAAUAUAUUCUGAACAUUUUUAUGUAGAUUUUGUGUGAGUUAAGUAUCAGUUUAAAAUUAUUUUAACAAAAUAUUCAAUAGUUUUAUCAUUGUCAAAAAAAUGUUGCUUACAUCUGCAUGAUGCAAUGAAUGAGUGGAAGUUGAUAGAUUUUUAGCUCACCUCGACGAAGUCGAGAUGAGCUUAUGCUAUACCCCCGGCGUCGGCGUCGGCGUUAGCGUCGGCGUCCCAGGUUAAAGUUUUAGGAGCAAGUCCCAUUCCCAAGUAACUAUAAGCCCUACCUGGACCAAACUUGCAUGGAUGAUGCAUCUAGGGAUGGACACUACCACACUUGCUUCGGAUGCUGGAUCUGACCUAGAUUUUCCAGAUGAGUGACCAGGUUAAAGUUUUAGGAGCAGGUCCAUUCCCAAGUAACUAUAAGCCCUACCUUGACCAAACUUGCAUGGAUGAUGCAUCUAGGGAUGGACACUACUAAACUUGCUUCGGAUGCUGGAUCUGACCUAGAUUUUCCAGAUGAGUGACCAGGUUAAAGUUUUAGGAGCAGGUCCAUUCCCAAGUAACUAUAAGCCCUACCUGGACCAAACUUGCAUGGAUGAUGCAUCUAGGGAUGGACACUACCAAACUUGCUUCGGAUGCUGGAUCUGACCUAGAUUUUCCAGAUGAGUGACCAGGUUAAAGUUUUAGGAGCAGGUCCAUUCCCAAGUAACUAUAAGCCCUACCUUGACCAAACUUGCAUGGAUGAUGCAUCUAGGGAUGGACAUGGCCACACUUACUUCGGAUGCUGGAUCUGACCUAGAUUUUCCGGAUGAGUGACCAGGUGAAAGUUUUAGGAGCAGGUCGAUUCCCAAGUAUCUAUAAGCCCUACCUUGACCAAACUUUCAUGGAUGAUGCAUCUAGGGAUGGACACUACCAAACUUGCUUCGGAUGCUGGAUCUGACCUAUAUUUUCCAGAUGAGUGACCAGGUUAAAGUUUUAGGAGCAGGUCCAUUCCCAAGUAACUAUAAGCCCUACCUUGACCAAACUUGCAUGGAUGAUGCAUCUAGGGAUGGACAUGGCCACACUUACUUCGGAUGCUGGAUCUGACCUAGAUUUUCCAGAUGAGUGACCAGGUUAAAGUUUUAGGAGCAGGUCCAUUCCCAAGUAACUAUAAGCCCUACCUUGACCAAACUUGCAUGGAUGAUGCAUCUAGGGAUGGACACUACCAAACUUGCUUCGGAUGCUGGAUCUGACGUAGAUUUUUCAGAUGAGUGACCAGGUUAAAGUUUUAGGAGCAGGUCCAUUCCCAAGUUACUAUAAACCCUACCCGGACCAAACUUGCAUGGAUGAUGCAUCCAGGGAUGGACACUACCACACUUGUUCAGAUGCUGGAUCUGAUCUAGAUUUUCCACAUGUGAGACCAGGUUUAGAUUUAGGAGUAGUCUCAUUCCCAAGUAACUAUAAGCCCUACCUGGACCAAACUUUCAUGGAUGAUGCAUCUAGGGAUGUACACUAACCAACCUGCUUCGAAUGCUGGAUCUGACCUAGAUUUUCCACAUGAGUGAAUUUUAGCCAUAUUUUAACCAAAUUAGCAUGGAUGAUGUAUCUAGGGAUGGACACUUCCAGACUUGCCUUGGAUUCUGAAUCUGAUGUACAUUUUCCAGAAGAGUGACCAGGGUAAUUUUUUUGGAGUAGCUAUAUAAUAUUAUGGCCUGUUAUGAUUAAACUUGCAUAGAUGGUGCAUCUAAGGAUGAAAACUUCCAGACUUGCUUUGGAUGUUGGAACUGACCAAAAUUUUCUUGAUUACUAAACAGGUCAAAAGUUUUUUGAGCAGGUCUAUAAUUAAAUCAAACUUGCAUGGAUAUUGAUCUUGGGAUGUACCCUAACUAGAAAAAAAAUAUGAUGUGAAAUUUGCCUUACAUGUAGAUAACAUUCGUCGAGGUGAGCUUCGUAAUCUUUGAUUACCUAUGUUUUAAGUUCUGUGUGAAUUUUAAAUGAGAGAUGUUUGUUCACACAGUGUCAAACAACAAACCGGUAAUGUUUAUGUUUUUCCCUUAAAUAUGCACAUACUGAAAUAGCAAAUGGAUGUACACGUGAAAUGUUGAUUUCCCCAAUUGAAAGUACAUUUAUAUUAUUCUCAAAUUAUAAUAUGCUAGCAAUGUUAAAUGGCAGAAAACAUGGGUUUUCUCUAGAAAAAUUGUAAAGGUUAAUUUUAGCAUAAUUAUUUUUAAUUCAAAAAAUGCUUGGUUAUGAAAGUGUUAGCUUGAAGCAGGUAUUUGUUCAUAGUGGAAAUCAGCUGACUCUCUUCUGUAUAAGAAGUAUAAAUGUUCCACUCAUGAGGUGAAAAAAAUAAAAACUGGUUUUGUAUUUACUUUUUGAGUUAAAAUAAAACCAGAAGUCUCAGACAAGACUAGUUGAACUUGUGUGUACCUAUAAUAAAGAAAGCUGUAUCUUUAUAGUA